CUUAGGCCUCUGGGGUGACAGUGACCGAUGAAGUUAUUACAGUCUUCAAUGAGAUGAAGGUGCGUAAGGCCCAGGCGAACGAGGAUGAGAAGAAGAAGAGGAAGAAGGCGGUGCUGUUCUGUCUGAGCGAGGACAAGAAGCACAUUGUCCUUGAAGCAGGUAAAGAGAUUCUGACCGGUGACGUGGGUACCACCAUCGCAGACCCCUACCUGCACUUUGUCAAGAUGCUGCCCGCAGAUGACUGCCGCUACGCCCUCUAUGACGCCACCUACGAGACCAAGGAGACCAAGAAGGAGGACCUAGUCUUCAUCUUCUGGUGAGUGUCAACUUUUAAGCACUGGUUUAAGUUGAUUUAAUUUGAUUACAACUAGUCAACACAGCUGAUAUAAAGACAUAAUAUUUUUGUAAUAUUUUCUGUUCCCUUUGUAUCUCAGGGCCCCAGAUGGUGCCCCACUGAAGAGCAAAAUGAUCUACGCCAGCUCAAAGGAUGCCAUUAAGAAGAAAUUCACAGGUGAGCGAAACUUACUAGGUUGAAAAAAAUUCAUACUGCCCAUCCAACCACUGUGACGAUGAUUAGGGUGCUUUCAUUUGUUGUUUUCUCACAUUGACCACUUUGCUGAAUUCUAGGUAUCAAGCAUGAAUGGCAAGUUAACGGUUUGGAGGACAUCAAAGAUCGGCGCACCUUAGCAGAGAAGCUAGGAGGCUCAUCAGUGGUCACCCUUGAAGGUGGGCCUGUAUAAAUCCAGUGUCUGAUAUCAACUAAGGCCUACAGGGAAAGAAAAAAACAGAAUUUAAGUCCCGGGGGUAUGGCUGUUCAUUCCAGAAUGAGAAGGAAUUGGGUGUGGGGGGGUUUAAGAGUACAAAUAAAAUGGGAUUGAGGGUGGAGGGUAUCUUGUUGUGGGGAGAAAAAUCAAGUAUGCUAUUUCAUGGUUUAAAAUUGUGGUUAUCAUUCCACUUCUCACAAUGAAGAACAAACAUAGACAAGUCUUAAUUUGUGAUGAAGGAUUAUGACAAAAUAGAUGAAGAUUUGCGUCAACAUUUCCAAGAUUGUCCUUGCAAUUUCUAAACUAAUGAAGAACAAAAUGUGAUUUACACAAUUAAAUCAUUAUGGAUGAUAUUUUUUAAACAGAUGAGGACUGGGUAUGUCUCUUGUAUGAUGGUGUGUAUGGAUCAGGCAGAGAAAAGAGACUGGAACAAAAAAUCCUAAAUCAAAUCAGUUUAUUGGUCGCGCAGACAGUUUAGCAGGUGUUCUAGCGGUGCAGCAAAAUGCUUAUGUUACUAGCUCCCAACAAUGCAGUCAUUGUGGGUAAUCCUGUCAAUUUAUGCACUCUGUUCACACCUAAUUUAUGUGAUGGUAAUUCCUCUAUUGCCAAAUUUGUUGUUCUUUAGCAUAUCAGUAGCUAAAACUAGGUUUAUUUUCAAAAAUGCUUCCAGUACAAGUAGAAUUCAAAAACAUAACAUUAUUCCAGGAAGUUCUCAUUAUUUCCAAGACCUUUGAGCAAACAGUUGCUGUGUACAAAAAUGCAUUCCUUUUUUAGUGAUGAAAUUUCAGAACAGCUUAAACAGAAAUUGAUUGAUGGUUUAAAGAGAUGGAGUCCCCCUGAUGUAGUAAUGUUGGUGGCUCCAGUUGGAAGAAGCCUGAGAGAAAGUUAAUUGUGGAUAGAUAUAUUGUGGGUGUUUUUUGUUUUUGUCUCCAUAUGUCUAAAUAAAGAAAAUGCACUUACAUUUA